GAUGGUGAAAAAUUUUUUGGCGAAAAUAAAAUGUCGACACCGAAAUUUGCUCAUUAGUAAAUUCUUUCAGGCGAUUUUCGGAAUAUAUAUUUUUUUUCAUAAAGUUUUAUUAGCAUUAUAAAAGAUGGACGGUGGCGAACAGGAGCAGAGUUUCCGUUUAGGACCACUAUCACCACAAGAAGUGAAACCAGACAUUUCUAUAUUGAAUGAAAACAAUACUGGUGGAUACUCACCAAAAUCAGCAAGUCCUGUUUCUUUUGGGGUAAUAGGUUUGCAAUCAAUGAAUAUGACAAAUGCUGGCUCAGUAGCAGCGACAGUGGCGAGCCAUAAUCCUAACCAGAUACAACUUGGUACACCACAACAGCAACAGCAAUAUCCUCCAAAUCACCCAUUAAGUGGAUCUAAACAUUUGUGUUCCAUUUGUGGUGAUAGGGCAAGUGGAAAACAUUACGGUGUUUACAGCUGUGAAGGAUGUAAAGGAUUUUUUAAACGUACAGUAAGAAAGGAUUUGACUUACGCUUGUCGUGAAGAUAGAAAUUGUAUCAUCGAUAAAAGACAACGUAAUCGUUGUCAAUAUUGCCGGUAUCAAAAAUGCCUGGCGUGUGGAAUGAAGCGCGAAGCUGUUCAAGAAGAAAGACAACGUGGCACAAGGUCACAAAACGUACGUUCGAGCGAUGAUUUUAAUCCUAGUAGUUCUGUUCGUGAUUUAACAAUAGAACGUAUUAUUGACGCAGAACAGAAAAGUGAACAACUUAGCGGAGAUAAUGCUAUACCAUUCCUUCGGGUUGGACCAAAUUCCAUGGUACAACCUGAUUAUAAAGGAGCUGUUUCACAUCUUUGUCAAAUGGUAAAUAAGCAACUUUAUCAAAUGGUUGAAUAUGCCCGGAAAAUGCCACAUUUUGCAGAAUUGCAGCGUGAAGAUCAGGUGCUUUUGCUCAAAGCAGGCUGGAAUGAAUUACUCAUAGCAAACGUGGCAUGGUGUAGUAUUGAUUCAUUGGAUUCUGAUUACGCUACAUCUGGAGGUCAUGAUACUUCGUCCGGGAGGCGUUCUCCUAUACGUCAACCCCAGCAACUUUUUCUUAACCAUAAUUUUUCUUAUCAUCGGAACAGCGCAAUAAAAGCAGGUGUGGCAACUAUUUUUGACAGAAUUUUAUCAGAACUUAGCGUUAAAAUGAAGCGGCUGAACAUUGAUCGCUCCGAAUUAUCAUGCUUAAAAGCUAUUAUUCUGUUUAAUCCUGACAUACGUGGUUUAAAAGGACGAAAUGAUAUAGAAGUUUGUAGAGAACAAGUUUAUGCUUGCCUUGAUGAACACUGUCGUACAGAACAUCCCGGAGAUGAUAGCCGAUUUGCACAACUUUUACUUCGGUUGCCGGCACUACGAUCCAUUAGCCUUAAGUGUUUGGAUCAUUUGUUUUUCUUUAGAAUUAUGGGUGACAAACAGUUAGAUCAACUUUUCUGUGAACAGCUUGACGCACCAAUGUGUUAGGGAGUUAAAAUUUUAUCUAUUGAUGAAAGUACUUGAUAAAUUUCACCAAUGAAUGUUAAACUAUUUUCAGCUGAUAGAUGUGAU